AGCUUCGGCGGGCUAUCGGCUAAUGCAGAGUUACCCGUAAAGUCUUUAUUUCAGACCCAGGUCUCUUAUUUUGACCCGUAAACUCGGUGAGACCAGUCUCCGCUUUGGACCGGUCCCCGUCUCGGUCCUGAUGAAGACCGGACUAAUUCAAACAACCGGCCCGCUGAAGCCGCCGUGAAACUUUCUGCCCCAGAUGUGGAUCCAAGGACCAGCCUCGAACCUCAGAUCCAAACCGGAGUGUGUGUGUGUGUGUGUGUGAGAGUGAGUGUGUGAGUGUGUGUGGUUUGACUUUCUGGAUCGUUCUUUGAACGUUACUUUGACGGAACUCGUUUGUGUCGUUAUUUCAUAUUUUCAGCCCUGAAAACACUGAAACUCCCGUUUCAGGUUACUUUCUUUGACUUGACGCGCUUCAAGUCAAAACGUUUCACUAUUUCCAGCUGUCUGAUCUCUUCGACAUUGUUUCCCUCGGAAGAAGCCCUGAGCCGCACUUCCUGCUCCUCCGCCCAGCGUCCUCCUUCCUGCUCGUCCACCAUGUCCCCCCCGGCCUGCACACACUGAGGGCUCUGGGCCAAUAGCAUGCAGCGGCGGCGGCAGCAGGGGCCCCGAGUUCCCAGCAGGCGGCGCUGAUGAGAGGCGACUGGUCGGAGCUGAGUGCAGACGCCCGCUGAGGCCAUGGAAGACUUCUCCACCCGGACGUACGGCACCAGCGGCCUGGACAACAGGCCUCUGUUUGGAGAGACGUCGGCUCGGGAUCGGAUCGUCAACCUGGCCGUGGGGGGGUUCACGUCUCUGGUGGUCCUGGUGACGGUGAUCGGGUCCUUCGUCUUCCCCUCGCUGCCCCCCCGGCCCCUCAACGUCUUCUUCGCCGUCUGCAUCCUGCUGGCGUGCGGCUCCACCGUGGUGCUGAUCUUCUGGUACCGGCAGGGCGACCUGGAGCCCAAGUUCCGGAACCUGAUCUACUACAUGCUGGCGUCCAUCGUGCUGCUGUGUCUCUGUGCCAACCUGUACUUCCACGACGUGGGCGCCGACCAGAAGUGACGGGCGCCGGCCCGGCGCCGCGGCUGUCCUCUGGGACCACGGUUUGAAUCCCGGAGCGCGCUGGAGGCAGGAAGAGGGGACUGGACCGGGGAGUCUGCAGCACCUGUCCAUCCAGGGACAUCCACUGUCCUCUGAACGUCCCCACGUCAAACAGCCGAUGACUUUAUACACACACACACACACACACACACACACACACACACACACACACACACACACCGCAAGAACUGGAACAUGAAUUAGCAACGUUAAUUUUUUUUAUAAACACUUCAGCUUUUGAAUCUCUGGGAGUUUGGAGGAAUAAAAUGUAAAUAAGAAAAUAAAAAGUUACUGAUGA